GUGGGGGCAAAGUUUGCGAGUACCUGGGCUCUGCUUCUCUCGAAGAGUUCCGAACCUCGUGAAACCCUUCAACAACCCCCGGCUAGGUUCUCCACUUCUCCCUCUCCGAUCCCUGACGCUCGUCCCUCAUCGCCAGUCGCCGAGCGUCGGUGAGCCUCCUAUCGUCGGCGACUGCCGUUCCAUUGAGGAAUUGGCUGCAGGAUUGAUUCACUUCUUGCUGCAGUGGUGAUUGCUUGAUCUGGUCUCGAAGAUGUCGUCACUGAGGAAUGCUAUCCCUCGACGGGCUCACAAGGAACGUGCUCAGCCUCAUGCGAGGAAGAGGUUUGGGCUUCUCGAGAAGCAUAAAGAUUAUGUUUUGCGAGCUCAGGCAUUCCACAAGAAGGAAGAGACUUUGAGGAGGUUGAAGGAGAAGGCUUCUUUUAGGAAUCCAGAUGAGUUCUAUUUCAAGAUGAUCAACACUAGAACUGUUGGUGGAAUUCACAGACCAAAGAGCGAAGCAAACAAGUACACCCAAGAGGAACUCAUGCUGAUGAAGACUCAAGACAUUGGAUACAUUCUUCAGAAAGUUCAAAGUGAAAAAAAGAAAAUUGAAAGGCUAAGUUCUGCACUUCAUGCACUGGAUAAUCAGCCAUCGAACAGACAUGUUUACUAUGCUGAAGAUAGGGAAGAAGCUAAAGAAAUACAAUCAAGGUCAUCACAGACAAGUAAUUCACCUGCUUUUGAAAAUGUGCCGAAUCGUAUAAAGAAGAAAACAUCUUCUUCUUACAAAGAGUUAGAAGCAAGGAAAAAAAGGGUUCAGGAGCUGGAAAAAUUGUAUGCAGACAUGGCAUUGCAAAAAGAAUUGCAGAAACCUGGUCGGAAGCGCAAGCUCCUUGAAGAUGAGAUAGUUUCUCCAACAACUAAACCCGUAUAUAAAUGGCGUGCGGAGCGCAAAAGGUGAUCCUUUGGCCACCUUCUGGGCAAGAAAGCGAGAUUGAACUGAAUAGGUGGAGCCAGCAAGAGAAAUCUAAAGGUCACUUAGCUUUGUGAUGUUAUAUUGUGCCUUCAAUUAGAGUUCUUAUUAUUGAUGUAUUGACACAUGGGAGAUAUUCCCUGGGAUCUUCUACCUGAUUACCUGAUUAAGAACUCCGAGCCCUAAACCAUUUUGUUGGCAUACCAAAGCCUUCUCCUCUCUUGAAGUCAUUAGAAAGCUAGUUUCUGUCAGUUUUUGGGUAGUAUCAUAGAAGCUUUUGCUUACAAUUUCUUUCUUUUUCUUUUUCGUUGAACUAUAUUGUGAUGGUCCAGGAUGGCGAUGAUAGGAUUCUUAUAAACUAUGGACUGUAAUGUUGGAAGGAUAUGCACAAAUCAGCUGUUGCUCAAAGCUGCUAUUAUGUCUAUCAUGCGUGACCGCUAACAAACUUGUAUUUAGAUUAUUUUUGGUUUUUCUUAUGAUAAUGCUGAUUCAUGCGGUUGUUGGUGUGGUUACUGCCUUUUUGAACUGCAGUGCUGAUGCAUAACUUGUAUUUGAAUGAAUUGAGAAUUGCCGCUUGGAUUGAA